ACAAACACGCGCUCAUGUUUCCGCAUGCCGAUUAGAGCCCAGGAAGGAAGGAAGGAAGGAAAGAAGGAAGGAAGGCGACCCGGCGCGUCUUUGACAACACAAGUCUUCUUGCGCCUUGACCACCUUUAUUUACACUUUCUCACUGCGGCCCUCCUUUUUGUGGACUUAGCCCAGGAGCGAACCCCCCCUCCUCUCCGCGACAAUGUCGCAAAAGGAACGAGGAACCUUCUACGGCCAGGAGCUCAGCAAGACUCUGUGGGAGGUCCCGGAGCGGUACCAGAACCUUUCUGCUGUCGGCAUUGGUGCCUUUGGUUCCGUCUGUUCAGCCUUUGACGUGAAGACGGGCCUGAAGGUGGCAGUGAAGAAGUUGUCCAGACCCUUCCAGUCCGUCAUCCACGCCAAGAGAACCUACAGAGAGCUGCGGCUGCUGAAACACAUGAAGCACGAGAAUGUGAUCGGUCUGUUGGAUGUUUUCACACCAGCGACUAGCUUGGAGGAGUUCAGUGAUGUAUACUUGGUGACACAUUUAAUGGGAGCAGACCUCAACAACAUUGUCAAGUGUCAGAAGCUGACAGAUGACCACGUCCAAUUCCUCAUCUACCAGAUUCUCCGAGGUCUAAAGUACAUCCAUUCUGCAGACAUCAUCCACAGAGACUUAAAACCCAGUAAUCUGGCAGUAAAUGAAGACUGUGAGCUGAAGAUCCUGGACUUUGGUUUGGCUCGACACACAGAUGAUGAAAUGACCGGCUACGUGGCCACUCGAUGGUACCGAGCCCCAGAGAUCAUGCUGAACUGGAUGCACUACAACAUGACAGUGGACAUCUGGUCGGUGGGCUGCAUCAUGGCCGAACUACUCACCGGACGGACGCUAUUCCCCGGCACAGACCAUAUAAACCAGCUGCAGCAGAUCAUGCGUCUAACGGGAACUCCUCCGGCCUCGCUCAUCAGCAGAAUGCCCAGUCAUGAGGCAAGGAGUUAUAUCAACUCCAUUCCUCAUAUGCCCAAGAGAAACUUUGCGGAUGUGUUCAUUGGUGCAAACCCUCUUGCUGUGGACCUGCUGGAGAAGAUGCUGGUGCUGGACACAGACAAGCGGAUCACAGCCUCCCAGGCGCUGGCUCACCCUUACUUUGCUCAGUACCACGAUCCGGACGACGAGCCCGAAGCAGAGCCUUAUGACCAGAGUUUCGAAAGCCGCGAGCUGGAAAUCGAGGAGUGGAAGAGGUUAACUUUGGAGGAGGUUGUCAGCUUUGAGCCGCCACCGUUGGACAGGGAGGAGAUGGAAUCGUGACACCCUUCUUCAAGUGCCUGCCAAGUUUGCAUUUUUUUCUUUGUGUGACGUUGAUGUCCCAAAAUGGAUUUGAGCAAGGGAUUCAAAUGCAUCUCGUGUAAGAGGAAGAAUGGGGGAGGUUGAUCGUAUUUCAAUGCAGUCUGCUGAACAUGCAGAGCAAAGUUGGAAUUGCCACAAAACACAUUUGAAGGUAUUCAACACUACUGUGGAUAGUGCACACCCCCUAUUCACGUUUCAUGUGUCAGGUAGACCGUGACCAAUGUGGCCGUAUGGAACACUUGACUACUGAGCAGUGACUAAAUCAUCAAGCAUUUGAAAUGUGGAAUCACUUUGACAUUAUUCUGGCGUACAGGGAACCACCAUAAAGGUAUAGACCAGGGGUGUCCA